ACACAACAACUAAACUCAUAUCAUUCUCUCUCAUUCCAUCAGUCCUAACCAAACACUCAGGUCUCUUUCUCUUUUCCCGGCCUCUCCCAAAUGGCACCUACAACAACCGCCGUCGCCGACGAAACCAAAGUAGCAAGCAUCAAGACACUUACCGACACCGGGGCUGAACUCAACUCCGUACCAUCGGAGUACACCUACGUCAAGGACCCCAACGAUCAAGCCGAUGCCAGUGACCCAGAACACUCUAUCCCCACCAUCGAUUUCGCCCAUCUCACCUCCAGCAACCCAAAACUCCGUGCCGACGCCAUUGAAAAGCUUGGGAAAGCUUGCGAGGAAUGGGGAUUCUUUCAGGUUAUCAACCAUGGUGUACCUGAGAGCCUGAUGAAAUCGAUGAUAGAGGCGUGCCACAAGUUUUUUCAGCUUCCUGAGGAGGAGAAGAAGGAGUUCCAAUCAAGGAAGCUUUUGGAACCAAUCAAGUGCGGGACAAGCUUUAACGUUGCGAUCGACAAGGUUCGUCUGUGGAGGGAUUACCUCAAGGUCAUAGCACACCCGGAGUUCCACUCACUCCACAAGCCCGCUGAGUACAGCGACGUUUCAUUCGAGUUCAGCAAACAAACUCGACAAGUUGCUACCGAAUUGUUGAGCGGAAUAUCUGAGAGCUUGGGGUUGGAGGCUGAGUACAUAGCCAAGGCCAUGAACUGGGACCGUGGCAUGCAAAUCCUCGCCGCUAACUACUAUCCGGCGUGUCCACAGCCCGACCUAGCCAUCGGAAUCCCCCCUCACACCGAUCACGGACUUGUGACUCUUCUUAUUCAGAAUGAUAUGGGAGGCCUUGAAGUCCAGCACAACGGGAAGUGGGUGCUCGUUGAUUGUGCUCCGGGUGCUUUUGUUGUUAACAUUGGUGAUCAAAUGCAGAUAUUGACUAAUGAUAAGUACAAGAGCGUCUGGCAUCGGGCUGUUGUGAACAACAGAGCUACAAGGAUCUCCAUAGCUGUACCACAUGGACCUGCACUUGACACUGCUGCUCUUCCAAUCCCGGAGUUGUUGGGCGGUGAAGCACCAAAAUACAUCGGAAUGUCAUAUGAAGAGUUCAUGGAACUUCAGGCCAGUCCGGCGGCGUACAUGAUGCCUUGUUUAGAUCACCUGCGAGUCAAGGCCGAGUGAACCAAGCCCAAAGCUUGCCCUUGCUAUCCAACUCACAGCUCCAUGCCUCCAUCAUCACUUCCUCUAUCUCACAACAGUAAUAAUGCUCCUGUAUGAGCGUUGGUGCUCCAACGGUGUAGCAGAUCAGUUAAUUUUAUUUUUUUCCUACGGGGAUCUCUAGUGAUCUUGUUGUCAGAUUCUGUCUUUUAAUUCAGUAUUAAACGCCGGAUUCUAUCAGAUUAUAUAUGUAAUACAACAGAUCCAUGUAACAUGAGUUCGAAUUAAUUA